UCUGGCUGUCGGUGCACGGCUGCGUCCCUGCGCUCCUGCCCCUUGAGUUCCCCGCAGCCGCCUAGCGUGCUCCGGCCCAGGCGAGUGGGGGCCGUGGGGAUAGACUUCUGAGCCCUCACCGGGCUGCCCUCGGACGGACGGCGGGGGACCUCCUCGGGAAGCGAGCGGAGCGGGCUGUGCAGAGCACGAGGCCAAAGGAACGUGUCUCCUGGAAAGGGCUUGUGGGCCGCCCUGCCAAUCCCUGUGAGACGGGAUGGAGCGGUGACAUUGUGCUGUCACUACUACUUGGUGCUGCGGGCGGUCUCCUGAGGAUGCUUUGUGCCUAAGGCCCCUCAUCGUUCUCAUUGUGCUGAAGAGGAAACAUUUAUUCGAGAAUAUUUACCUAACUUAGAAAAAAAUUUAACUUGGCACUAUGGGGAUACAAGGAUUACUGCAAUUUAUCAAAGAAGCUUCUGAACCUGUCCACAUGAGGAAGUAUAAAGGGCAGGUAGUAGCUGUGGAUACAUACUGCUGGCUUCACAAAGGAGCUGUUGCUUGUGCUGAAAAACUAGCCAAAGGUGAACCUACCGAUAAGUAUGUAGGAUUUUGUAUGAAAUUUGUAAAUAUGUUACUAUCUCAUGGGAUCAAGCCUAUCCUGGUAUUUGAUGGAUGUACUUUACCUUCUAAAAAGGAAGUGGAGAAGUCUAGAAGAGAAAGAAGACAAGCCAACCUUCUUAAGGGAAAGCAGCUUCUUCGUGAGGGGAAGGUCUCAGAAGCCAGAGAAUGUUUCACCCGUUCUAUCAAUAUCACACACGCUAUGGCCCACAACGUAAUUAAGGCUGCUCGGUCUCAGGGAGUAGAUUGUCUUGUGGCUCCAUAUGAAGCAGAUGCACAGUUGGCCUAUCUUAACAAGGCUGGUAUUGUACAAGCUGUAAUUACAGAAGACUCUGAUCUCCUCGCUUUUGGCUGUAAAAAGGUUAUUUUAAAAAUGGACCAAUUUGGAAAUGGACUAGAAGUUGAUCAGGCUCGGCUAGGAAUGUGCAAACAGCUUGGGGAUGUGUUCACAGAAGAGAAGUUCCGUUAUAUGUGCAUUCUUUCAGGCUGUGACUAUCUCUCAUCGCUGCGUGGGAUUGGAUUAGCCAAGGCCUGCAAAGUACUAAGACUAGCCAACAAUCCAGAUAUUUUAAAGGUUAUCAAGAAAAUUGGACAUUAUCUCAAGAUGAAUAUAACAGUACCAGAAGAUUACAUCAAAGGAUUUAUUCGGGCCAAUAAUACCUUCCUCUAUCAGCUAGUUUUUGAUCCCAUCAAAAGGAAACUCAUCCCUUUGAAUGCCUAUGAAGAUGACAUUGAUCCUGAAACACUAAGCUAUGCUGGGCGAUAUGUUGAUGAUUCUAUAGCUCUUCAAAUCGCACUUGGAAAUAAAGAUAUAAAUACUUUCGAACAGAUUGAUGACUACAAUCCAGACACUGCCGUGACUGCCCAAUCAAGAAGUCAUAGUUGGACUGACAAAACAUGUCAAAAGUCAUCUAAUAUUAAUAGCAUUUGGCAUAGGAAUUAUUGCCCUAGACUUGAGCUGGACAUUGUUUCAGAUGCUACAAAGGUGAAGGAAAAUCCAAGUACUGUGGGCAUUGAACUAGUGAUUAGUACUAAAGGGUUAAAUCUUCCAAGGAAGUCAUCCAUUGCAAAAAGACCAAGAAGUGAAGAGCUAUCAGAAGAUGAUCUAUUGGGUCAGUAUUCUACUUCCUUUACAAAGAAGAUCAAGAAAAAUAGUUGUGAAGGCAAUAAGUUAUUGAACUCUUCUGAACGGUUUAUUCCUGACCUGGUAGAUGGAAUUACUAUUAAAAAAAGCUUAAGCACACCACCUAGGACAAGAAACAAAUUUGCAACAUUUUUACAGAGAAAAAAUGAAGAAAGUGGUGCAGUUGUGGUUCCAGGAACCAGAAGCAGGUUUUUUUCCAAUUCUCUGGAUUCUGCUGACUGUAUAUCAAAGAAAGCAAGCAGCCAGUCUCUAGAUGAAACUGCUGUCACAGAUAAAGAAACCGAUGUAAAUGAAUCAGAUUGUCUAGAUGGCAAGAAGUUGUUAGAUAUCAGUGUAGCACAUAAUUCAAGUGAGCAUAUUCCAGAUGAUGUGACUGUGAUUGCUGAAGAGUCUCAGUCUUUUAAGGCCAGCAGAUUCACGAGGACCAUCUCACCACCCACCUUGGGUACACUAAGAAGUUGUUUCAGUUGGUCUGGAAGUCUUGGAGAUUUUUCAAGAACACCAAGCCCCUCUCCAAGCACAGCAUUGCAGCAGUUCCUUAGAAAGAGUGAUUCUCCCAUCUCUCUGCCUGAGAAUAAUGAGCCGUCUGAUGCAUCUCAGUUAAAGAGUGAUGAGUCAAGUGAUGAAUCUCAUCCCUUACAUGAAGUGGAUUGGUCUUCACAGUCUCAGGAAAGCAUGGACUUAUCACCACACAAUUUAAAUGCAUCAAAACUUUCUCAGCCUUCUAGUGAGGAUUUAGAUUCAGAGGUUCCUGGGCUGUAUAAAUCUAGUUCUGUGGACAAUCUUUCUACAACCAAGAUCAAACCUUUAGUACCUGCCAGAGUCAGUGGGCUGAGCAAGAAGCCAUCAAGCAUCCAUAAGAGAAAUCAUCAUAAUGCCGAGAACAAGCCAGGAUUGCAGAUAAAAAUCAAUGAACUCUGGAAAAAUUUUGUAUUUAAAAAAGAUUCUGAAAAGCUUCCUUCUUGUAAGAAGCCAGAUCCCCUGUCUCCAGUCAAAGAUAACAUCCAACUAACUCCAGAAGAAGAGGAUAUAUUUAACAAUUCUGACUGUAUGCGUGUUCAGAGAGCAAUAUUCCAAUAAACACAGGCAGCUGGGAGGCUAUUGCCUGCAAGAGAAUCUCUAUCAAUUUCAUGUCCUGUUUGAGAAUGAAGCAGUUAUCAGUAUGAAAGAUUUGUUCUUAGAUCUAUGCUACUUAUUUUUAAAUAGAGUACAUUUUGUAUAUUAACUAUAUAACUUUUUGUUCAGCUUUUUAUAUUUUCAUAAGAAACUAACUAGAGAAAUAAUUUUGGUUUUGAUAGGUUUUCGAAGUUUUAAUGUUAAUUGAGCAAGUCCCUUGGAACUUACAAAAAUCUACUCUAAAGAUUUCUGUAAUGUUGUCAAGUACAAGGAUGGUAAAUGGAAAACCACAAUUCUG